CAAAGUCUUUAAAUUAUUGUCCACCAUCUGAUCUUUUAUGAUCAUUUGUUGCCACUUAUUCCUACCAAACAACGAGAGAGAUCAUUUCAUUCUGCACCGUAGGUAUUUCCAAGUCCAUGCAUUUGAAGCUGCAAGAAUCAUGAUGUGGAAAGAGAGAGAGAGAGUAUUGAUAAGGAAGUUGUAGAACGGAAUGUGUAUAUAUUACUAGUAAUAAAGAUGGGAUUGGUGCAAGUUUAGAGGGAGAAAGUGAUGGGGGCAGUGGCCAAACACGCAACUGUAAGGGUGAUCGGAUAGUUCUUUCUACCUCUCCUUGUCGUGCAAAACGAACAAAAAGGACUUGCCAUCCAAACCCUAACCCAACCCAUCCCUUUUACUUCUCCUCUUCCUCCACCUGCGCCCUCUUCUUCUCUUUCAGCAGGUAGGGCUGAUGGGAUCGACGUCGGCUUCGGCCGGAUCUGGUGACGCCAAGGCUUGCCCUCGUGGUCACUGGAGGCCCGGCGAGGAUGAGAGACUGCGGCAGCUGGUGCAACAGUUUGGUCCUCAGAACUGGAACUCCAUUGCUGAGAAGCUGAAAGGAAGAUCAGGUAAGAGCUGUAGGCUGAGGUGGUUUAACCAACUUGACCCACGGAUCAACAGAAGGCCAUUCACAGAAGAAGAGGAAGAGAGGCUGCUGGCGGCGCAGCAAGUUCAGGGGAACAAGUGGGCGCUGAUCGCGCGGCUCUUCCCGGGAAGGACGGACAACGCCGUGAAGAACCAUUGGCAUGUCAUCAUGGCCCGGCGGCACCGGGAGAGAUCGAAGCUGUUUAGGAAGAGCGCCAUCUUCCCGGAUCAGAUCCAUCCGGUCUCAGCUCCUCAGGAAGGAAGCCAUCGACGGCAUCUCCGAUUUGGUUCUGAUAGCGACUUCCGCGUCGUCUCACCCUCAGGCUUCAUGCUUUGGCGAGCUUUCUCGGGAUCAAGGGACUACCCUAGCACUCCCAAAUGUAGUUCCGGUGUUCUCCUCGACAGCUCGCAGCUCCAUGGCCGCUCGCUUCGCCCUCAUCAUCAAGCUUACAGAAGCCUCAGCGUAGAUGCCAACUGCUCUGACUAUGCAGUGAGUGCACGCGACAUGGCUCGAGAUGGAAGCGAUUCAGCUAAUAGUAGAGCUAUCAGCGAGCAGAUCAAUGACAGAAGCAAGAAGGUUGCCUUCAUAGAUUUCUUGGGAGUUGGAAUAACUUCUUGAAUCCAAGAACCUUUCGACUCCUCGGAUUUAGGCUACAGAUUGGGGUCCAAAUUAGGAGAGACAACCGAAUCGGCCGGCCAUUAUUUUGCUUUGGGGUCUCUGACAUAUCAAAACAUCAUCCAUUAAUCUGACACAAGUCGUGGGAAGAAGUAUUACUUCCCCACCAUGGAUUGCAU